CCCCACCCUGCGAGUCAUGGUGCGUGUGCGGGGUGAGAGAGUCCCCACUCUUUCCUUUCUUCGACUAAAUUUCCUCUUCCUUCCCGUUCGUGGUCGUAUGUCGGCUGUAUAAUAACACGACUCAACCGCCGCGUCUUUCCACGCACACAACACACACAACACACACGCAGCGCACUAUUUUCUUUAUUUUUUUUAUUUUAUUUCGUUUUUAAAUAAUUUUCGCCAAUUUGUGGCGUUUCGUCGAGCUCAUCGCGCACUUUAAUAACCCCACACUACGAACAAACACAAGGAUGGACGCGGGUGAUUUUUUUCCACGAAGACUCGCAGGUGUCCCUGAACGCACCAUUGGACGCAAAACGGCGCGUAACUGGAAGCGCUGUCUGUGGUGAGUGAGGACCAGCCCAUAUACGAGACGUCCUACACGGCGGCUAUGCACAUGAAGACAGAGAUCAAUUCGCCAGGCGGGUACAGCCACGUGUCCAAGCAGAGCCCCGAGCCCGACUGGGUGUCCGCAGCGCCGCAAAACCCCGGCAAGAGAGGCGAGCAUGUCAAUGGAAGCAACCAUGAGUCCCCGGUGGACUGCAGCGUCACAAAACGCUCCAGACACAUGAGCAACGACGGAGUCACCACUGCGUACCAGCCCUCGUACACGGAGCCCCGUGUUAGCCCGCAGAAUGCGACCCCACCUAGCAGCACCACUGAGGAGAAGCGGGUCAUUGUGCCAGCAGAUCCAGAGGUUUGGACUCAAGACCAUGUGCGUCAGUGGCUGGACUGGGCCAUCAAAGAGUACGUACUGGAGGAAGUAGACGUCAUGCUCUUCCAGGCACUGGACGGCAAGGCCCUGUGCAAGCUGACCAAAGAGGACAUGAUGCAUCUCACGUCCGCCUAUAACGCAGACAUCCUGCUCUCGCACCUCAAUUACCUCCGGCAGAGUAGCCCGACAUUCUCGUACUCCACGACUCCCUCCAACAACACACCGCCGCCAGUCCCACCACCUCAACCCCGACUACAGGUGAAAGCAGAAAGCAAUUUUGAAGAGAUCGGACGCAGGAACAGCUGGUCCGCCAACAGCAUGACGGUAGUGCCCAAAGGCUCAUCCAUGGAGCACCAACACAACAGAGUGACGGAACCUGUUCCAAGAAUUGUCCAAGACCCUUAUCAAACAUUGGGGCCCAUAAGCAGCCGCCUAGCAAACCCAGAAGGCCAAGCCGUCGGCUCGUCCAAGAACCGAACAGGCAAGCAAAGUUCGUACAAGUUGCCUGACCUCAGCGCCCAAAGGCCUGUGGGUUCAGGCCAGAUCCAGCUGUGGCAGUUCCUGCUCGAGCUGCUGUCCGACAGCAACAACGCCAACAUCAUCACCUGGGAGGGCACCAACGGCGAGUUCAAGAUGACCGACCCGGACGAGGUGGCCAAGCGUUGGGGCGAGCGCAAGAGCAAGCCCAACAUGAACUAUGACAAGCUGAGCCGCGCCCUGCGCUACUACUACGACAAGAACAUCAUGACCAAAGUGCACGGCAAGCGCUAUGCCUACAAGUUCGACUUCCAGGGCAUCUCGCAGACGCACCAGAACCACGCGGCCGAGGGCAACAUCGUCAAAUACCAGACGGAGAUGUCUUACGUGCAGCCCUACCACAGCCACCAGCCCAAAAUGAACUUCAUGGGAGCCCACCCGGCGACCAUGCCCGUCUCCCCGGGCAACUUUUUUGGCCCUCCGUCCACAUACUGGAACUCGCCAAGCAGCCCCAUCUACCCCGGGGCUGCCAUGACCAGGCAUCCCGCCACUCACUCCCACCUGAGUUCGUACUACUGAGGACACAUGGGAAGCAGAAGGGGAGGGGCCAAAGUGCACGACUGUUCCAGUUUAGAGCUCAGCGAGGGCCCGUCCAAGAUGAAGCUCGUCUGAAAUGAGGGCCGUGAUGCUGUGAUGUCGCCUGAUUCUUUGUCUUAAAAGGACACAAGGAUACGUGUGCACAUGGGGACACACCGAAAAAAGCUUUGGCACUGUAUACUCUUCUGGGAAUAUUACGAAUAUAUUGAUGACACAUUGUAUUUACUGUAUCCUUCUGUUACGGAAACCACGUUUCUAUUGCUUAAAGGGGAACUGCACUUUUUUGGAAUUGUGUCUAUCAUUCACCAUCCUUUUGUAAGACAAGGACAAAUGUUUUUAUUUUUUAUGCAUUCUAACUCGUAGAUAAACGUUUGCAAAAGUUAGCUUACAAUGGAGCCGAUGAGAGUCGCUGUAUUACGCCUAUGAAGCGCUCUAAAAAACCAACUAAUCAUGGCAGACUCCAUGAGAGACAACAGAGUAAAACCAUCACUUACUGUACAAUGUCUGCUCUCACCAGGAUUCCGACUGAUGGGAUGUUUAUAUCUUCCCGUUUAAAUGAAGAAUUAAUCAUAAUCGAGACAAAGCGUUAAAAUAAAAAAAUAGUGAUGCCAACAAGUGUCUUUUCGGGUCUUUCUCGCCAUUUCUCGGUCUAAGUUGGAUGUCAAAGUUGAAUCCAACUUCUAGGCUUAUGUCCACAACCUUCUACUAUCCAGGUGAGAGGCAUGAUUUAUAAUCUAGAAUUAACUUUCACCAACUCAGAGGCGAUGCAGCAGCUCAAUAUGUCAAUAAAGCAGAAUAAGGCAGUUAGCGCUCUGUAAUCAAUGCGCCGCUAAAAAGUAGUUCCUAUGCGUUAGCGCUUAAAAUAACAAUAUUGCUUAUACUUGGUUAACAUUCAGUUCACGACAUGUAAAUGGAGUGUUACUGACGCUUUUAGGAUGCACUUUUUGAGUGAUUUACAGGUAAAAUGGAUUAGUCCCAUUAGCAUAGUUACUCCCCACCUAGAAUAGGCUGAUUAUUACAAAUUAAAAUGCUAAAUAUAUAUAUGUGUGUUCUUGUCUUUCAUAAGGUUUGUGAAUGAUAGGCAACAUUCCAAAAACGGACAGUUAGCGUUUAAGUAAGUACUUUGUUGGAUAAUGGAAGAUGGGCAGUUUUCGGGAGAAGGAACCUUUGACAAAACUCACGCAUUUGUAAAAGAAAUUGUACAGAAUCUCCGUCAUGUAGCAACUUUUACUCACAAUGUAAAGUCUAAUAAAUGUUCUUUGUAGCUAACAAU